AUGAUUGAACAGGCACUAGAACAAAAGAAGCUGGUUCCUAAUGAGGAUACACCACAAAGAAGUAAGGUACCUUUUGUCAAGGAAAUCAUGGUAAAGCCACUACCCAAAAAGUUCAAGAUGCCACAACUAACAACUUAUUCUGGAAAGGGUGACCCUUAUGACCCUAUGCAAAACUAUGAGGCGGUGAUGCUUCUUCAUGGAUGGGAGGAUGCAAUCAUGUGUAGAGUACUUCCGUUUACUUUAACAGAGCACGCACGUAUAUGGUUUAAUAAUAUGAAGGAAGGAUCAAUUUCAAACUUCAAUCAGUUGAGGAAAGAAUUAAUAGAUGAAUUCUUCAUUAAUGCUAGAAGAAAGAAAGACGCUUCGUAUCUUCUGACCAUUAAGCAGGAAGAGAAAGAGAGGAUGAAAGACUAUGUUGAAAGAUUUCGUGCCGCUAUCUUAGAAGUACAGGAUCUUCAAGCCACAGUGGCAAUAUUAGGAAUGCUUCAACAGUCAAGGUCAAGAGAUUUUCAAAAAUCCCUUUCCCUAGAUCAGCCACUCACUUUGGGAGAUCUGUUCAGUCGAGCUAAAAAGUUUACCAUUUCGGAGAAUGUUAUGAGGCACAUCAAUGCUGGAAACAGAGAUAAGAAAAGAAAAGAUAGAGAUGAAACAAAUAAUGAAGGGAGAAAGACUGGAAGUGAAAAUGAACACAGACAAGUUCCAAAACUCAAAUUUGAGAACUUCACACCAUUGAGCCAACCACAUUCUACAAUCUUGGCAAGUAUAGAAGGACCUGGGCUCCUUACCUUUCCUCUUAAGGCAAACAAGACAAUGGGCAAAUUUACAGACGCAUACUGGAGGUUUCACAAAACCCUUGGACACUCAACUGAUAGAUGUAGAGAACUGAUGAAUGAGAUUGAAUCUCUAGUUCGCCAAGGAAAGCUUAACAAAUUUGUCUACUCAGAAGCAUGGAGAAACGGGAAACUGUCUUACUCAAAAAAGGAAAGAUCUGAAGAUAACAAGGGGAUGAAUGAUAAAAAAGACUCAAAGACAAGAGAGAAAACCCCCACUUUAGACAACAACCCAUCUCACCCAGCAAUACAUGUUAUCAUCGGCGGUGAAACCUUAGCAGGUGAGACCUCUUCAUCAAGGAAGGUGACACGGGGCUUGUCGGCAUGGCAACCUUCAAGACUCCUCCGUGCGGCACUUGUGCGCAAUCACAAGUCAGCCUGCUCUCGUAGGUGUAAGAACUCACACCUGCCCAAGGAACAUACACAAAGGAUGGACACAAAGAUAAGAGAGAAAAACUUAAACUCUCUAUUGAUCGAAGAAAGCUAUUACAACCAAAGCCAACUACAAGCCUUCCUCUCUCUUGCUCUCACUUCUCCCUAA